AACUUACUACCAAAUUUGUAUAAUACCAUAACUGAGCACCAGCUCAUUCGCAAAAACCAUGCUUUAGUUUCAUAUUGACCACGAAUCCCAUGCUCUUCAUCUUCAAUUAUGUUAACUCUCGCGUGAUGCCGUGAGAUUCCAGCAUUUGAUCAAAGUUAAAAUCUUGGUCUGGGUAUCUGUUACUUUCUUCUCUUGGCUCUUUGUUUUCUUGUUGGUGUUCUUGUCUCACUGGAUUUAGAAAUUGUGAUCAAAAGCUGCUGAAGAUUUUUCAGUGCAUCAAAAAACUUUAAUGGUUGAGAUCCAGUUGAGUUCAGUAUCAUGUUUCAGCUUCUGGUCCUUAUAAAUAACAGCUCUGGUUUCAAUUUUUGAUUAUCAAGCUCUGGUUAGAGGUACCCUUAAUUUGAGUCGAAUUCCUCAUAGAGCAUUUUGCUUGAUCUCUUUCUUCUGCCACACCCAUCUGGUCAUUUGUGUUGUUUAAUUUGUGACCAUCCUUGUUUGUGUUGUUUUCAUCUCCAUAGAUCCUCUCUGUUCUUAUAUUUUGCUCAGUCCAUUGAGUUCUUGUUUGUGACAUUAGUCAAUGCGUACUUCUAUGUUAUUUCCAAUUGGCCUAUCCUUGCGUUUGGAAUCCCAAUGUUUAGGUGCUGCUGAAAUUUCCUCAGUUAAUAGUAUCUUAUUGAAUUCUUGUAUCUGUGAGUUUUGAUCUGUCAUAGUAUGCUUUAGACUGUAGGGCUCAAUGUCAAUCCUAUGUGGCUGCCCUCUCAUUGAGUGCGUUUACUGUCUGGCAUGUACCCGCUGGGCUUGGAAGCGAUGCCUCCACACAGCGGGUCAUGACAGUGAGACUUGGGGCAUUGCCACUGCUGAAGAAUUCGAGCCUGUUCCUCGCCUUUGCCGCUACAUUCUAGCUGUUUAUGAAGAUGACCUUCGUCAACCCCUUUGGGAGCCCCCUGGUGGGUAUGGAAUUAAACCAGAUUGGUUAAUUUUGAAAAAGACAUAUGAAGAUACUCAAGGACAAGCUCCUCCAUAUAUAUUAUAUCUUGAUCAUGACCAUGCUGAUAUAGUUCUUGCCUUCAGAGGCCUUAACUUGGCAAGAGAAAGUGACUAUGCAGUUCUUAUGGAUAAUAGGCUGGGCAAGAAGAAAUUUGAUGGCGGUUAUGUUCACAAUGGGCUAUUGAAAGCCGCUGAAUGGGUUCUGGAUGCAGAAUGUGAGAAUUUGAAAGAUUUGGUAGAGAAGUAUCCAAAUUAUACUUUGACUUUCACGGGACACUCCCUAGGGUCCGGUGUAGCAGCAUUGUUAACAAUGGUGAGGGUUAGGGGCUAUGCUAUUGCACCGGCGAGGUGUAUGUCAUUGAACUUAGCCGUCAGAUAUGCAGACGUCAUCAAUUCUGUUGUGCUUCAGGAUGACUUCUUACCUCGGACAGCUACACCCUUGGAAGACAUUUUCAAGUCACUUUUCUGUUUGCCAUGCCUACUGUGCAUACGAUGCAUGAGGGACACAUGCAUCCCUGAGGAGAAGAUGCUCAAAGAUCCAAGGAGGCUGUACGCACCUGGCCGGCUCUAUCACAUUGUUGAGAGAAAGCCUUUUAGGUUAGGAAGGUUUCCCCCGGUGGUCAAGACUGCAGUGCCCGUAGAUGGGCGAUUUGAGCACAUAGUUCUUUCUUGUAAUGCCACUUCAGACCAUGCCAUCAUUUGGAUAGAGAGAGAAGCCCAAAGGGCUCUAAAGUUAAUGUUGGAGAAAGAUCAAAUUAUGGAGAUACCGCCGAAGCAAAAAAUGGAGCGGCAGGAGACGUUAGCCAAAGAACACACUGAGGAGUACAGGGCUGCAUUACAGAGGGCUGUCACGUUGGCCGUGCCUCAUGCAUAUUCACCAUCUAUGUAUGGAACUUUUGAUGAGAAGGAUGAGGAGGAGCAUUCAUAUGGAUCCAGUGGGGAAUCUUCUUUUAGUUCCGCUAAGAAAAGCAAGACAUUUGUUGUGCGGUUUUGAUUUUGAAAAGAAAAAGAAAAAAAAAAAAGGAGUGAGUGUUGUUGUUAUUAUGAUGACUUGAUAUUUAGUGAUCGAUCAUUAAUUUAUUGUAAUAUUUUUUCAUGUACAAUCAUAGAGGAAAAGAAUAAACAUGCGACAAACUAUUCAUUGAUUCA